CCCAAAACAAAAAAAAAAAACAGUCCCGUUCUUAAACACAGCUAGUCUGAAGGGCUUCUCUCUUCCUCAGCCACGCCACGACGAAAUCCUGACUGCAACCACUCAUAUCACCUACCCGCUAUUAGGAGGUCGCUGAUCGCCCAAUACCACCUUGCGUCAGCAUCCUGGGUCCAUGCCACCCCUCCAAGGUCGUUCCCGGGAGUUGUACCAGCCACGCCCAUCCCACUGGGCAACUCGAGCAGAAGAGCUGGGACUAGGCGACACCCAAAUCCGCGUCGUAGAGAGCGUGAAACCGUGUCAUCGCACUGGGCCACAAUUUCGACCCAGGCGGUCAUCCUGAGACAGGACCAUGGCCGCGAGGGCAGGCACAACGUGGUCAGGGGAGGGCCGGCACAGCCUGGACGGCCGCCCGGAUUACCUCAGCGGCGUACUCACCAGUGGCCUCGAACCGACGCGCAAUCCCUUCUCAGAUUCAAGACCAUCAGCUCGAGCAACAGCAGCCGCAGCAGUAAGCCGUGAGACUGAUCACUCACAAGAGCAGUCCCGUGUUGAGGAGAUGGCAAGUGCAGGGCCCGAUAGUCUCUUAAGAGGACCGCGCAGCAGCACCAGUGGUGCUGCUACUGGGCUGUUCUCAACAUACGCGUCAGCGAGAGCCACCACCACCACCACCACGUCCUCGAGGCAGGAACCGGCAAACCACUACAAACAACAGGAACAGCCGCGACAAUCCGGUAUCCAGCCUCUCGCAGCCCCUUCCUUCAACUUUGAAUUCUCUGUUCCUGCAUCGCCGUCUUUGAUCAGACUCUCGCAGCAGCAGCACCAGCAGCAGCACCACGGCGCUCCGACCUCCACACAGGGCGACGGCCCGUCCAGACUAGACGCUUAUCGGUCCACGGACCUGAGACACCCGCCAAAGCCAUUCGAGCCCGGGUACAAUCGCGCCGUCCCUGCGCUGCCAGUCCCCCUGAAUGAAGGCGCUCUCCACAACCAGCACCCAGACAACCCAGCCAGCAAGAGACCACCACCAGCUCAUCUCGAAUCUUCCGAUAGCAUCGAAACACAUAUUCACAAACGUCGCCAGACACUGACCGACGCAGACAAGCCCAUCCCAGUCGCAGCUCCCCAGCAGCGCGGCAUACAGCAGUCUCCCCGUCGCGACGGAGUCGGUACCUCGCCUCGCACUAGGGCAAGUGUUGAACGCCGUCGCCGCCUUUCAGCUGCCGCCGCUGCACUUCGGCCUGCAGAGCCUAUUCCGAACCCAGCCCAGCCCAGAGAGGUCUCAUUCCUCACGACCUCCUUCCGCCAGGGCGCGACGAGAGACACCACCGUGCCAGAGACAACCACGGAUGCCCAUCAGGCUCAGCCAUCUGAGCAAACCGCGCCAGUACCAUCGGCUCAUGCCGCUCCAAUCACCACAUCCUUUACAUUCUCCCGCCCUGGCCUGUUUCAGGGACCUGCCGACUCAACCGAAACAAUUGUACCCUCCCGCCCCGGGCAGCGACGCGCUCCUGCUUCGUCCUCGCCCGAUGGUGUCGACAAACCUUCCGGCUCCUCUGUAGACGCGUCGAAGCAAGCCCCCGGAACGAUUGAGCCGAACACCGACCUUCGACCAGCCGAGGACAAUUCCCAGGAAGCUAUCCACACCCGCCGAGACUUGCUGCCGCUCAAAACUGUUCAGCGCUCAAUGUCUGAUGACAAGCGCUCCUCAUUUACGAGGCGGCCGCCCGUCUCGUACAAGCCACCUGUGAGCUCGGGCUCGAGCACGCCAAAUGGCAACUCUGCAUCGAUCCCCCCGAUCAGAGGCUUCAGAUCUUCUGGUUCCAGACGAAGCCUGACUCUGGAUAUGAAUCUCCCUUCUCCCCGCAACUUCGACAAUGGAGACGACUACCUUGACGCGAACCAUAGGGAUCGGUCAUUACGCGCCCUUGAGGGCAGGACAGACGAACGAGGCCCGGCUUUGACGCCUCCUGACUCUGCUCUUGCAGAUACCGACGACAGCGGUGACGUGUUCCUGCGGAUCGCUCGCCAGGAGGCCGGUCCAUCCGACGAUGAGGGUCGCCGGUAUGGCGAUGCGCGGAGCGAAGUGUCGCGCCCGUCUAGACCAGUUCGUAGACCAAUGUCUGCAGCAGUGAACACAUAUGACCCGAACUCCCCACCCCGCCUAACUCGUCGGAUGUCGGAGCAAGAGAACGGAAGAUCAAGAGAUCCCAGCGUAGAUGUGGGAAUCGAAAGACUCAGUCGGCAGAACACUGUGACCUACAGAGGCUUGUCUCGUGAACGGGCUAGCGAAGAUGCCAGAGCACGCAGUGUAGUGGGAGGUCUGCGCGGCAGUCCUAUGACUCCACGAACUCUCACAUUCCAGGAUGCGACCAAUCCGUCCUCAGACAGUACUUCACCCCACUCCAGGAGACGCCAGCACUCUGUGGACACCGGCUAUGCUGCAGGCACACGAGUGAGCUCAUUGAAGCAAUCUGGUUCUGUCGUUGGCCAGGCACGAAACUACAGCUCCUCACCUCUCGCCCCCAAGGCAGCGGCCGAUCCUCAAGCGGAAGCAGGAAACGUGGUGGAGGGUACAAACUCGACAACCUCAACUGCUGCGCCAUCGACAGUCUGGGACGAGCUUGAUGACCUCAAGUCACGGAUUCAUCGCUUGGAGCUGACUGGGAAGCUGCCUCCAACUUCUGGGGCGGCUAUAUCACGCGCUACCGACGAAAGGCCACCAACAGCACACACAAACGCAACCACCAUGUCUGCCUCGCCUAAGCGUGGUGUCGCCCAGGCCCAAGCAUCCGAUGCUGUUAGUACCACAUCGUCAUCACACCCCAUUCGCAAGGAGUCGCACCCAGUCCUGCAUAAUGCUCUAGCCAAGUCCAAGUCACUGCUCAGUCCUGAAGUCUAUGCCGCGCUGGAGGCCGCCGCCAAAGACGCCCUGUCCUUGACAAACAUGAUGGGCUCGUCUGGCCAGCCCGGCCCAAUCUCAAGUGCCGCGAGCGGCGUAGGCGGCAGCGGACCCGUUGUCACCGAUCGUCAGCUACGGCGCAAAGCCGAUAGCGUUUGCCGCAGCAUCACUGAGCUUUGCAUUGCAUUGAGCGAUGGAGUUGCCGAGGCCAAGGCUGAACCUGUAGCUAUCUCAGUCUCUCCGGACAAAUCGCCCAUGACCAGCCCAACUGUCACUCGUUUCACCGGCCUCACAGGCCACGCCAGGAAACCCAGCACGUUCAUUGAGCGCAGUGCCGUGCUGAGUGCCACAAGUCCUCGAGCAGCAUCCCGUCUGGAAGACAAACGCACCAGCGUCCUUAUGGGCAGUGCCCUUCCCAGUCCGAGGUACAACAAUCCUCCUGUGACGAUAGCCUCCAUCGAAGCGAGUCCGGGCGGACGUAAAUCUUCGCUUCUCCUGUCCCGUACCCGUCGAGCCCAGACUGAGGAGCCAGAGGAGGCAAGGCAGUCCUUACUCUUUCGCACGCGCCGUGCUGGUACUGAAGAGCCAGAAGAAGCAUCGGAUCGCAGAUCCUCCUUAAUGGUCCGCGGCCGACGCGCCGGCACAGAAGAGCCAGAGGAAGCAGGGAUGCGCAGGGCAUCAAUGCUCGCCAGAACGCGAAGGAAGACCAUGGAGGGCGACGAAGACUUGCCACAGCUUCGCACCCCCUCUCGGGCUAUUACCGAAGUGGCGGGAGUGCGAUCGCCCCGCGAAUACAUGUCACACCAUACUACGCCUUCGAGGGACGAGACAAUGACCUUGUCGCCUUCCGCGCUCCCCAAGAGACAACUGACAACAACGUCGCUCGCAUCUCGGAUCGUGCAGCCUACACCGCCAUCCACAAUGGCCUCUCGGCGCUUCCUUGAGCGAUCGACGGAGCGCGCCGCAGCUGAGCGGGAGGUCCAGUUCAACUUCGAACGAGACGAGAUGCCCACUCGGCGCAUGUCGUUGGCUCAGCCCGCCAGUCUCAACCGGGCUGGAAGCCUGACAAGGCGAACAAACCGAGAGAGCAUGAUUGCCAUGCCGACCAGCGCUUCUGGUGCGCGAACAACCACUUAUCGAUAGUUCUCAUCCGGCUGCUUUUGCCCACAAUUGUAUAUUUCACACCCGGCGCGGAUGACGACGCAGCUUUACGAUUUAUCUUGAAAUACCACCAAUCCUGCGCCAUUGGUCAACGGCCGCGAUCACGCUACCUAUCUUGUCACGAUGCCGGAUCAUUACGAAGUGUAUUAAUUAGCCUCGAGGACGCGCGAGCCGCGCCACGAAGAAAAGCGGAAUGCUUGGAGAACAUUUUUACUGUUUCAUCGUUGCCGGCGUUUCAUCGUUUACGGAGUUGGUGGUCUGGUUCGACCUUUAUACGGCUACGCUGCUUUUCUGGGCAGGAUUCUAGCAUCUGUUUGUAGCUCGUCUGUGUUUAGUUAUGGAUUUUCUCUCAGCGUACAGCAGCCAUAUCUUGUCGUUCUUCAUCAGUUAGGGCUGUUAGAUAUGUCCGUGCUGUUCAUGCAAUACAAUAUCGCAUGCUGAAGCAUUCAUUUUCACUGUCA